CAUGGCUUCCAUCAUAUUUUGGUAAGGGAAGAAGAUCGACCAAAAACGGCCUUUGUGUUGUUUGAGGGCACGUGGCAGUGGGUUCAGUGUCCGAUGGGGAUUUGCAAUGCGCCUGCCACGUUUCAGCGAGCGAUGAACAUGACGUUCCAUAAUUUCGUCAACAAGACACGGCUGACGCAAGGGAUGAUCAACUUCUGUGAGAUCGUGUACAUGGACGACAUCCUGGUCUAUUCGGAGACCUAUCACGGGCACGCGCAACACAUCGAGUGGACAUUGGGCGCACUGAGAGAUGCUGGGUUCAAGAUUGCGCUCGAGAAAAGCGAAUUUUUCCUCUCGGAAAUUUCGUUCUUGGGCUACGUCGUGACACGUGGAGGAUUGCGGCCGGACUCGAGAAACGUUGCGGCGGUGAAGGAAGCCCCGGUUCCCACGUCACUGACGCAGGUUCGAGCCUUCUUGGGGCUGGCGUCGUACUACCGGCGCUUCAUCAAGGGCUUUGUCGCGAUUGCACGACCGCUAACGAACCUGUUACGGAAGGACCAACCUCUCAGUUGGGACGCGGAGUGCCAACAGGCCUUUGCAACCCUCAAAGACGCUCUGGCAAUGGCCCCUAUUUUGAUUCGGCCGGACCCCUUGAAGCAGUUCAUUCUCAUCACGGACUGGCAACCGGAAGCUAUUUCCGCUAUUCUAGCACAAAAGGGGAACAAUGGUCGCGAACACGUCAUCGAGUACGCGUCUCGAACCGCACCGGACGAACGAAGAAACGACUCCGCACCUCAAGGCGAGUGCUAUGCGGUAGUUUGGGGAAUCCAACACUUCCAUCCGUAUCUCUACGGACAGAAGUUUCGCCUCGUAACGGAUCACGAGCCUCUGCUAGCGCUGAAGAAACUCACCAACUACACGGGCAUGAUUGGCCGUUGGGCGGUGCGACUACAAGAAUACGACUUCGAUAUCGUCCAUCGAAAGACAGAGCGGCACGGCAACGCGGACGGGCUGACACGUCUGCACCGACCUGUCAAGGUACCAAAGAGUGAGGAAAUUACACCGUGGAAAGAGCCAGACUUGACCAACGAGCCGAAAUACGGACAAGUGGCAGUUCUCCCACGUGGCAAGAAGCAAAACGAGUUCCGAUUCACGAGCAAUCCCCAGGUAGUGGUGCUGGCCGAGGCAACGACGUUCCAACAGCGAGCGGCCCCGGGAAUCAGCCAUGUGUCUACCGUGGUAGUCUUCAGCGGCGACAUCACCGCCUUCGAUCCGGCGUGGCAAGCCGCCAUCAAAAGCACCUCGUACCGGUGGGGUCGCGAUCUGGCCACUGAUUGGGAUCGACGGCUCACAAGGCACGGUGACGAGUGCUAUCCUGUCGACGGCAUCAGUCAACACGCUGCGCACGACACUACGCGAGCCACCUGUCGUCCUCCCCGAACUUGCUCCCUUCCAGCCGCGCAGAUGAGCCGCGCGCCGAUCUCGACGUUCUCUCCUCCCUCUCUCUUCUCCAUCUUCUGGCAGUCCUCUCACUACCAUCGUCUCUCCUUCCGUCUGGAGCCACUGACAGCCCCCAUCGUUGAUUCGGACCGUUGGAGGCUGUGGCGUGCAGAAUUUGUCGAGCUCUCAUUUUGCCUGCUACGAGUGGAUCUGAACUGGACGUGGGAAGGCGAUCAGAGGCCCACGUCGGAAAUUGUGGAGUUGCUCGUCAUUCAGGCGUGGAAGACCAACGUGGUGGGAGAUCUUCUGGGAUUCGUCUUUGGAGCAGUGGAUCGGGGAAACCGAUCACAGAUCGUGCACGAACUUACGAUCGUGAUCGCGCGACUGGCCGACGAACUCCCUCUCGACAUCGUCUCUCAGAGCGACGAAGAACCCGUGCCACAUACCCUCUCAAGGACUCUCGCCCCGAGCCUCCAGUGGUCGGCUUGUAUCGAGGAGCGCUGGGCGGACAACCGUUUUCCCUCCCGUAGCGAGUACCUGGACGUCCACAGCAUGAGUAAUCCCCGCUUCUUUCGGCAACCAACGGCGUUCGAGUGGGCGGCGCUGAGAGCAGAAGAGGAGGCCGAAGAGGAAUCGGAAGGAGAAUUAAGGAGAGACGCCGGGGAAGCAGCGGCCCGAUUGGCCGAGGAAGAGGAAGGAGAGCGCGAAGCAGAAGAAGAGUCGACAGAAGCUGAAGAAGAAGAAGAAGAAGAAGAAGAAGAAGAAGAAGAAGAAGAAGAAGAAGAAGAAGCAGAGGAGGAGACUUCGGAGGAAGAGGAAGAGGCCUAUAACGAGUACAGCGAGGGCAAGCAAAGUAAGGAGGAGGACGAAGACGACGAAGAAGUGGAAAGCGGGGACGACCAGGAGCGAACGCACACCGAGCUCGAGUGGGUGCCAGGACCGGAUCGGCGAGAGGAGAGCCCGGAGGCUGCUGCGCAGCGCAAGAAAGAGAUCGCGGAAGGAAAGCGGCUGGCGAUCGAUCCCGCACCGAACGAUCCUUUCAAGGAUCCCGAGCCGCCCAAGCCGGAACAUGGAGGCCUUGCUGCCACGACCUCGGGAGCCGCGACGACAAGGCGCCGAUCCCGAUCACGAUCCACGUCCCCCUCCGCCUCCGCCCGUCCCCCAAUUCGUCAACGUGUCAAUGAGGGGCUUAACCCUUCGUCCCCGAUCCAUAUACCACCAUCCCCUUAGCUAUCUCUCUUUCAAUCAGUAUUUCCAUCGCGUCAUCUACCCCCGUAAUCCCUUUCCCAUCGCCACCUUCCGAC